UGAGUGAUUUAAUAAAAUGAAUAUGUCAUAGGAAGCUGAAAUUAUGUGGAUUGGUUUGUGGUGUUUGACAACCGAGAGGAUGUUCUACGAUGGGCUCGAUCUGUUGCUUAUGAAAAUGGAUUUGUGGUGGUGAUUGUAAGGUCUGACACAAACACAAGUAGUAGAGGAAGGACUUCAUUUGUGUUAAUUGGGUGUGAAAGGAGUGACGAGUAUUGGUGUAGGAAGAAAGAAUUCGUUAGAAGAGACACUAGGACUAGGAAAUGUGGGUAUCCCUUCAAGCUUCGUUGCAAGCCAAUGGUUGGAGGACAAGGCUGGACGAUGAAGUUGAUUUGUGGGAUUCAUAAUCAUGAAUUGACCAACUCAUUAGUUGGACAUCCACAUGAUGGUCAAACCAAAAAACAUUCUGCUGACUCUAAAGGAGCACAAUGUCAAUAGUUGUACGACCAUCAAACUAAUAUACAAUGCAAAAAGUGCAUAUUGUUUUUCCAUAAGAGAAAGUGAUACUAAAAUGCAACACCUAAUUAAGCUUCUUGAACGGGAUCAGUAUAUUCAUUGGCACAGAUUCAAGGACGAGGACGUGGUUCGUGAUAUCUUUUGGUGUCACCCUGAUGCAGUGAAGUUAGUAAACGCAUAUAAUUUGGUGUUUUUGAUAGACAGUACCUACAAAACAAACAAGUACAGACUCUCACUGCUUGAUUUUGUUGAGGUGACACCAACUAGGAUGACAUUCUCUGCUGAUUUUGCAUAUCUGAAGGGUGAACGUCUAAAUAAUGUGGUUUGGGCUUUAGAAUGCUUUCGAUGUCUAUUUUUAAGACGUGAUGUCCUCCCUGUAGUUAUUGUCACUAAUAGAGACCUAGCAUUGAUGAAUGCAGUGCAAACUGUAUUUCCUAAGUGUACAAAUUUGUUGUGUACCUUUCACAUAAACAAGAACGUGAAGGGCAAAUGAAAAUCGUUAAUUGGUCAAAGAAAUGUUUGGGAAUAUGUCAUGAAUGCCUAGGGAACUCUUGUUGAUCGUCCUUUGGAGCAGCAGUUUGAUGAGUACCUGAAGAGGUUUGAAAUGGUUUGUUCAUCUUGGCCAAUGUUUGUUGAUUAUGUGAAGGAUACAUGGAUAAUCCCACACAAGAAAAAUUUUGUUACUGCGUGGACGAAUAAGGUGAUGCACUUAGGGAACACAACAACAAACAGGGUUGAAUCUUCUCACUGGGCUUUAAAAAGAGUGUUACAAAAUAGCCUUGGAAACUUAUGCAGUGUUUGGGAUGCCAUGAACAACAUGGUGACGCUACAGCACACGGAAAUUAGAGCAUCAUUUGAAACAAGUACACAUGUCAUUGGACAUGUAUUCAGAAAAACCUUAUACAAGAGUCUUCUUGGAAUGGUUUCAAGGUAUGCUUUAAAUCAGAUUGCUGCUGAAUUUGAGAGUGUUCACUAUGCUGGCAACAAUCCUUCCAGUUGUGGUUGUGUGAUGAGAACGACGCACGGUCUUCCUUGUGCUUGUGAUCUAUUCAAAUAUGUUGUUGGUUGCAUCCUGUUGGAUUCAAUCCAUAUGUUCUGGAGGAGACUCAAUUUUUCAGAUCAAGGGAUAUCUGAGCCCGAGGUGAGCAUCAAGGAAGAAAUCGAAACAAUAUCCAAAAGAUUUGAUGAACUUGAUGUUUGUGGUAAGUUUACUCUGAAGACAAAGCUUCGGGGAAUUGUAUACCCUAAUCAGAAUUCAAUGUGUCCUCCUCCAGCAAAGGUUAACACAAAAGGUGCAUCGAAAAAACCGAUGAAAAGAAACCCAAGGUCAACAAAGCGUGAUCCAUCUUAUUAGGAGUAUGUAGAUGCAUUUCAUUCUCUACAAAAUAGCAAUUCGUCAGUGAGGCGUAGUUCAUCAUCUUCUGACCAACCCAAUCCAAGAAGGAUGAUGCCUAUGUUGGAUCAAUUUCAGCCAUUUAUCCACGACUUCAUUGAUAAUAUUGUUGAUGUCGGUGUUGAUGAAAAUUGUGGAUAUCGGGCGGUUGCCGGUUUAUUAGGUAUGGGUCAAGACCCUUGGUCAUUGGUCUACACCCAUCUGCUUAUAGAACUUGCCAAAUUCGCAGAAGACUAUAUCAAGCUCUUUGGUGGCACAGACAGAUUUGAGAAUUUAAGGAUGUCACUACAUGUUGAUGGGUUAACCACGGUCACUAUGGAUAAGUGGAUGGAUAUAACCGACAUGGGAUAUAUAAUUGCAUCAAGGUAUAAUGUAAUCCUUGUAUCCUUGUCUCCCCAACAAAACAUGAUGUUCUUUCCUCUUAGAAGUCAACCACCGGGAGAUCCUUCGGUGCAUCGCAUAAUUUGUAUCGGUCACGUCAAUGACAAUCAUUUUAUUCAGAUUAAUUUAAAAGAUUGUUGUCCUUUACCGUCGAUAUCAUUGUUAUGGUCCACCAGUUGUCAUACUCAGGCGAAGCAGUAGCCAACUCCAUAUAUUAGUAGAAUGCAACAUUAUAGAAGCUUGAUGUCGUACAAAAGAGACUAUGUUGACUUAAAUGAUGAUUGAAAAUGUACCUCUGUUUAUUUGUUAUGUUAACAUAAAAAUUUGUUGCUUAUUCGAAAAAAAAUCAUUGUUGCAACUAAAAUAAAGUAUGCAUGUAUGAUAAGUCGUUGUCUAAGUUGACAAUACAUUAGGAAAUGCAAGCGUGUUAACAUAAAACAUGACAGGACACUAUAAGACUUGACUACACGUUGAGAAA